UCGUUUGUUUCAAUCUGUGUGUGUUUUUUUUUCUAAUAAUAUUUAGAUUUAACAGCCAGUUACAUUUACAUUUUAAUGUGUCGUGUUCUAUUUACACCAGUUUUAAGUGUCAAAUGGAAUGUGUAAAUAUUUAUAGCGAUGCACUAUUAUAAUCGUUAUAAAUUCGAUGUUUAAAUCUCUUGUACCGUUAACGAUAUUCAGAUAAUCUUGUGAACGUCUUGGGUUCUUUAUAGUGCGUUAAUCGCAAUUUUUAUUUUUAGUAGUAGUGUAACAUCGUAUGCAAGUAGACCGGUGCGUGGUUUAUCGAUUCGAAAAGUCGAUAAUUUGUAUCGAAAAUGUUGUUAAUUAGUGAUGUUCAUUACACGAAAGUGCUAUGAAUCAGUGGCUCUAAAGAUGUGCGGGCGUGUACGUGGCAAUCGUUUUCUUGUUUACGGUUUACGUUAAAAGUGAGAGCAAUGAGUGUUCCUAAUUUAAGCGCCGACCAGAUAACAGAGAUCGAAGCGGCGGAGGCGUGCAAAUGGCUACGAGCGGCCGGCUUCCCUCAAUAUGCGCAGAUGUACGAAGAUCUGCAGUUCCCGAUCGACGUAUCGGGAGUACAGAACGACCAUCCCUUUCUUGACGCGGACUCCCUGCAGUCUCUCUUCCGGAGAUUGACCGCUCUCAACAGAUGUGCCAAUAUGAAACUGGAACACCAUCAUCAUCAGAAACGUUCCAACGAUUCUGACGACGAGCAAUGUGCUCUAAGCGAGCACUGGCAGUACGAGAGGAAGUCGAGACGAUGGUCACGGGUAGUGGAGAUCACUCCACAAGCGCAGAGGCGGCUGCAGGUGAUAGCAGCUCGUGCUUUAGCGGAACGAGAAGCAAGAGAAGCCAGGGGAGAAGUAGAAGAUGACGAAGAUGAGACCUUACCCACCAUCAGGGUUGGCCUUGUUGAUGCCGAUGGACACUACACAGAUGUGGAACCAGAUCUAUUAACCGUACCCGGUCAAACAAUGAUACAGUUACCAAGCGAUAAAGAAGACGAAGAAGAUACGGGCACGAGGUUUAGACGAACAGGUUCAGAGAGACUCCGAGAUGGAGCAAAAGCCUUGCUAAGGAGAGUUGAAUCUCUAAAGACGCGGCGAAGAAAGAGGCAGAAUAGAACUGAAGUGAUAGUUUCUUCUCCCCACUUCUUAGAUGUACAACAAGACAGAUAUCCCGAUCUUAAUUAUAUAGAUAUGACUCCUACAUCACCCACUCAAUUCCCGUUUCCUGAGUUUCAUAGUUCACCUACUCAUGCUCCUGCGAUUAGAACCCAACCUCCUUCUCCUAUGACCAUUAUGCCUCCAUCCCCUAUCGCACCUCUAGAACAAUCUUUUGUUCUUCAUGCUCCUUUCGGUGAUGAUAGUUCUAGUUACGCGUCUGAUGGAAGCAUGGGUUCAAGCAACAAGAGUUCGAAAUCCAAAUUAGGGAGAGCGAAAAGAAUCUUCCAUAGGGGGUUAAGGAGUGAUGAUUCCAGCGCCCUUAGUGACUCUGAAUGCCAGCCAGCUAGUUGGAGGCACAAUUACUAUAAAGAGCUCAAUGCUCAUCAUCAUAAUACAGAGGUAUACGUGGAGCCUCCAUCGCCUGUGGAUCUAAAGCCAGACCCAGCAGUGUUGCGCGAGGUGCAGCAGUCUCCCGCCCACACGCCGCACCGCCGCCAGGCCAUUAGGACCAGCUCGCUCAACCUGGGCAAGGAGGCACACAAAUUUCGAGAUAGGAGUCUCAAAAGAGAUAAGUCGGCUUCAAGAAGUUCAGAGUUAGACAGUAGCCCCAAUUCCGCGGGCUCCAGAUCGCAUGAUGGUGAUCAAGAUGACGACGAUGAUAGUCUGGAUCUGAAGACGAAAAAAAACAACAUACAAAGGUGGUAUUCAUUCAGAACGAGUACUCUCAACGGAGGUCCUAAGGCAAACAAUACUCUUCAGCCAGCAACAAAUCAGAAAGACCCAGAAGCAUACCUUUCGCGACCUAUGUCAUCACUGUCCUGUGGACAGCUGCACAUUCUGAGAAAGUUAGCGCUGCUGCGUUUGACCGCGUGUAUGGAACGAUAUUGCCCCUCGCACAAAUCUGGCUGGAACUGGGAACUGCCCAAGCUUAUUAGAAAAAUCAAGACGCCCGAUUAUAAAGACAAAACUGUUUUCGGAGUACCACUAACAGUAUCGCUGCAAAGGACAGGUCAUUCGUUGCCAAAGCCUAUCCAGUGUGCGCUCAAUUGGCUCAAAACGAAUGCAUUGGAUCAGAUGGGUAUAUUUCGCAAAGCGGGCGUGAAGUCACGGAUAGCCAAGCUGCGCGCUAUGGUGGAGGCGGCAGGGGCAGCCAAUGCUGCCUUUGCUAGUGAGAAUAUUAACGUCGAAAGGUGUAGCCUGAAUUUCGACGGUGCGCAGGCGCACGACGUCGCUGACUUGGUCAAGCAGUACUUCAGAGAGCUACCCGACGCGCUUCUCACUAAUAAACUCAGUGAGACGUUCAUUGCGAUAUUCCAACAUGUUCCCGAGCCUCUAAGGCCAGACGCUGUGCAGUGCGCGUUGCUGCUGUUACCAGAAGAACAUUUGGAAGCUUUGCAUUCUCUGUUAAUAUUCCUUUCUGAGGUAGCGGAACAUUCAGCAGUUAAUCAAAUGACAGCAUCAAACCUAGCGGUAUGCCUGGCGCCUACCUUACUCAGGCUGCAUCAUGCGCCGCCUCAUACUGGUAGCACUAAGGAAGGAAAUUCAAACAGGAUGAUAAUCGAAAGCGUGGCCGACCAGCGUCAGAUCAGCGAGAGCCGCGCGGCGCACGCGUGCCUGCUGCUGCUGAUUGCGCGUCACCAUCAACUAUUCCUGGCGCCCGCCGACAUGCUCGCUCGUUGCAAGUUCAACUACUUCGAAGAAAGCGUGCCGGUCGCAUUAGAAGAACUAGGAGCAGAUUUUAACCAAGACUGGAAAGGAUUUCAACAAGCCUGUAUCAAGGCAUUGCUCAAAGAAGCCAAAGAAAAGAGUAGGGGCUGGAUGUCGGUGUCGGGCGCUGCAGGGCAUGUGGAGCUGUGCUGCAAGAAGGUUGGAGACGGACAUCCGUUGCGGCUGUGGCGCGCCACCACCGACGUCGAGGCGCCGCCGCAGGAGGUCAUGCAGAGAAUCCUCCGCGAGCGGCAUAUAUGGGAUGACACCUUGGUAAAAUGGCGAGUAGUUGAGAAGUUGGGAACCAAUGCUGAGGUGUUCCAGUACAUUACGGCUUCUAGCAUCAACUUACCACCGAGGGACUAUUGCGUAUUAAGGUCGUGGCAGCAGGGCGGUGGCAGUGGCGGCGGUGGAUGGUGCGCGGUAGCGGAGACUUCGGUGGCACACGCUGGCGCUGUUCCAGGUGCGCCGGGCUUACCUGGUGCCACGAGCGCUCCGGGUACGGCUAACGUAGCGGUCGGCGCGCGCGGUGUUGUACUUGCUUCACGGUAUCUCGCCCAACCUGCAGGAAAAGGCCGCAGCCGGCUAGUGCAUCUCGCACGAGUUGAUACAAUGGGUCGCACACCAGAGUGGUAUAAUAAAUGCUACGGCCACAUCUGCGCAUUGUAUCUAGCGAGGAUCAGGGCUUCCUUCAAGCACAACACAGAAGGUCCGGAGUCGAACGUAUGAUCCAAACAUUCCACUUAAGCUGUGUUCACAUUGAACACCGCUUAAGUAUGACGGAUGAACGUCAAAGUUUUUAUCUCGAAUAGGGAUGUAGAUUGUCAACAUCGAUAUGUUUGAUAAUCGCCAAAUAAGUGUUGCAUCAUAAUCCAAGAAAAUUAUUUUUUAUGUAAAUUAUUGGAUGCAAUAUUUUGGUCAUAUUUUAGCAACUAUUGGUGUUUAUAUGAUACAAAAAUAUCGAUGUAUAAAUCGAUUUUCUUUUCAUGAAAUCGAUUAUCGAUAGUCUCUUUCUCAAAAGUAUAAAUGUGAGAAUAUGUUUUGAUAUCUAGAGACGAGACCAAAUCAUUGACAAUUUCUUGUAAAUAAAGGUUUAUUGAUUGAAAAUGCAUAAUUCAAAAGAAUACUUAUUAGAUUUAAAAUUCACUACCUACCUCCAUAAUUAAAUGUUUAUAUCCUAAUAAUAAAACCCUAGUGGGGUCUACCAAAAAACCUGACUGCUUUUAUUGUAAAGUUAGUGUGUUAGGUUAGGUUAUAAAAAAAAUAUUUAGACCCUUUCAAGGUGCACUCUGGAUUAAACAUCACAAUAUAUUAUGUGAUAUAAAUUUUGUCUUAGAUUAAAAAAAAUGUAAUCUUAUUUUGGCGCAAACUUACCACAGAUUAUAAAGUUAUCAUAACAUAUCACUAGUCAUAUUUGUAUAUGAAUGUAAUUUUUUUUUUCAGUAAAGCACAUAACUGUACCUGUCCUGUGUUCAGGAAUAUAAAAUAGUAUUAUAAUUUAAAAUAUUAAUAGGUCAUGCUGAGACCUAGACAAAGCUUUUUUCUCUAUAGUGUGUCUAUUUAAGAUAGAUUAGUUUGAAAAUACACUAGAUAUGGGUUGAGUAAAAUCGUUUAAGAAUUUUUUCGAUUUUCGAUGGUUUUUCUCAUAGAACAUGCAAUCGAAAAUUCGUGAUUAUUGUCUUUGAAUUACAAUAUAGAUAAAAUUGUUUCUUUCUAUUCCUACUUUAUCCUUCAUAAGGACAAAGAAAUAAGACAUUAAACCAAAAAUUGCGGUGUUGACGAAUAAAAACAUUUUUAUAAAUAAAUUCAAAAAGUUAUAAAAUACCUAAAUUAAAAUACCCAUUUGUUGGAUUAAUUUUAUUAAAAGACCGAUUUUCGAUAGUUCACGGUUGUGCGCGAUGGUUCGACACUAUGACAACCGUUCAUUAAGUACAACAUUAAUGCUCAUACAAAAUUAAUUCGAUAAUAUAUAGGCGUCAGUUGUCAAACUAAUCUAUCUUAAAUAGACACAUUAUAAUCCCAAAAGACUCAAGUUUCCAAAGUUUUGUAAAAUGAUGACAAUUUAGUAGGAAAUUGGCUGACCCUUUAGGUUGGUCUACAAAACACUUAAAUUAAAUUUUUGUCAGUUUGUAAAAUAAAUUACAAUUUUUGCAAUAGUAAAAUUAAUUUUACAAUGGUCACUUUGUGGGUCGUGAAUUGCAAAUAUUUGUAAAGGUCGUUUGUAUUGUAAGUUUUUUUUUUGUAAAAAGUCUGAUUUGUAAAUAUUUAGAUUGUAAUUUUCAUUAAUAAAAUAUAUUGUUAAAAUUUUAUUAUAGCUCUAUUAACGAUUUGUAUGAAGUGUUCUUAGUACACGGUACG